AUGGAUGCUACGAGGGCACAUCGAUGCUUGCUCGUUUGGAUUCUUUUGCGGCAGCGUUGGAUGUCACCCGCGUUGGAUGUCACCCGCUAUCUCGCCGAGAAGCCCUCUGAUGUCCAGAGUGGUAUCAUAGGAGAAGACAUGUUGAAGGCCCGACAUGCACGUACCAAUACGACCUGGGUUGACAACCGCUUCUAA